AUGAAAUUAUUUUUUUCGGGCUCUCCAACUGAGUCUGGGCUUUCUUCUGUGAGUUGGACUCCUUUUGCAGAUCGGAUUCUCAAUUGGUGUAGGCUUCUGACUGUUGUUGGAGUUGGAUUCCCAGUAGGAAAGAGCUUGAGAUUCCUUCUUGACCCGGGUUGUCCAACUUGUAUAAAUACAGGGCUUCUCUUCACUCUUUCUUACAUCGCAAACUUAACUUCUCUACUUUCUAGCUUGAGAAAGAUCUUGGAGAAUUUUGUACUACUUGUCGAAGAGAGGAGUUGCUGUGCAUCCCAAAGCGAGGACCAGUUGGGUGGGACCAGGCUGGUUGUCGUCGUGACUGGUGGCCAAAGACAAUUGGAGCUGCGGUGGCCGCUGGCGACUGCUGAGCGACGAUCAGGAGGAGUUGGUGGGCUGCCUUUGCUAAAGAUGUCGAUAGAUGGAAGCAAGAUGAGGAAGGCUGAUGUCAGUCUUCAAGAGCUCAAGCUUGAUGAGUUUGGAGAUUGUGAUAUGCUCCGUAAAGUAGUCCGUGCGCGAUCUAGCUCACUUGUUGAGAGGCAAAGAGAUGCGGAUGCUCCUUUUCGAAAUUUGAGUCGUUUGUACCAGUCGAAGAUUGGAAGUCGAUAUGGGCAAUCUGCUCAUCCAUCCAACCAUCAUGUUUCAACUGUUGAGUCACGAGCAGUCAAGCAUGGAGUGGAUUCAUCGUCGCCAAUUCCUUUAGAAGUGAGGUUGACAGAGGCUAAGAAAGCAAGAGAGUCAUUUGCCUGGGCGAAGGGCUCUUCUGCAACGUCAGCAACUGAUCCCAAGGUGGACAAGUCCACCCCUGCAGAGGAUGCAGGCGUGUCUGAUCUGCUCAAGACGAACUUUCUGUCAAGUCCAUCCACUUGUGCUGAGCUAGUUCAUCAAAUCCGUCAGGCUGGCGAUCUUGUGGUGGCAGACAUGGAGGAUCAGGCAUGUGGAACUGCUGAGAGUGUGGCUGAUCAGACGGACGCUGAAGUGGCUGCAGAUCAGGGAUCUCAUUGUCUUGUGAACUAUUUGAGUGUUUCUGGGUUGAGGCAUGUUUUGCCUACGUCCGGAGACGUUUCGAUGAGGGUGGCCCGUUUGGCCUAUGUCCAGAGACGUGUCGAUGAGAGUGACCCGUUUGGCCUACGUCCAGAGACGUGUCGAUGA